AUGCCCUAUCGACUGGAUACACACGUUUUGACUGUGGAUGCAAACGUCAUUCACAAGGUCGACACUGGCAAUCCCGCCAACCUCUAUAGCAUGUGGACGGUCUUCUCUCGAUGCGCAGACUCCGUUGAGCAAGGCCGAAGACUCGAGAACCUUAGCUGGCGUCUAUGGCAGCGAGAAACCUUUGUUGUCGACAACGAGGAAAAGACCACACAGACCCUUCCCCAGAACAUUCCCUCCGAGACACGGAUACCCGAUCUUCCCCAACUCUCUGGCAGCGUCGAGUCCCUUGUAGAUGAGGAGGCCGUCGACUUCACCUCUGUGUCUGCACCUCUCGAGAUCGCUCGCCCUCGCGUACGACGACAGGACUCGUGCACCAGCACACGGAGCAAGCGCGAGCGUCACAUUAGCUCUGACGACUUUGAGAAGAUGAUUGUGUCCAUCGUCAAGGACAAGGGUCCUCUUUCUGCUCCUCCCCAGAUCGCCCCCGUCUCAAAAGACUCACUACCCGCGCCCCCACCCUUUGAGCGCUCUGGAUCUACCACGACCGAGUCGCAGUCACCUGCCAAGUCGACCACUGAGGUGUCCGAGGCCUCAGCCCAGUCCUCACCCCAGAGCCUUUCCCGUACCACGGUCGUCCGUGGCUUCUCGCCUUCCCAGAUGCCGAUUCCCCGAACCAUUGCCAUCACCGCCCAGUCCUCAUCAGACGCGAUCCCCGAGCCCACCUCGUCGCCUGCUGCCAAGCCUGUGCAGUCUAAGAAGCCCGCGCGGUUUGCGCUCGGUGGUUCUUGUUCAUCUAGCGAGCAGGACCAGAGCCUGGGCAACGGAAAGCCCGUCAUUCCCAUCAUCAAGAAGCCCAUGUUCCAAAUUGGAGGCUCAUCUGAAGAGGAUGGCUCCCUGAAGAGCGCACUGGCUUCGUCGCGACCCAGCUCGCUGCUGUCGCCCCGCAAGAAGCAGACCUCUUUUAGCAGCAAUGUCAUGACCCGAACCAUUGACGACGAGGCCGCCGUGGAUUCAGACACCGACUACAUUGACGAGAGCGCCAUCGAUGAUGACGAGGACUCGUCGGACUGGGAGGACUCUAUGGAGGAGAGUAACAAGUCUAGCAUGGACGACAAGUUUUUCCAGCGAGUCGACUCCAAACCUAACUUGACAUCACGCCGGUCUCUCAUUACUCUCAUGCUCGCUCAGAACGAUCGCGCGCGCACUCUGGGCAACCACGCGUCGCAAUCCACAUCUGCCAUUCCUCGAUCUCGCAUGGCCCAUGGACCUUCACUGGGCGCCUCUCCUAGCGACUCUGAUGAGGCCCCUCUUAUGAUGAAGGGCAUGCGCGGACCCGGUCUCAAGCCUAUCCAUGAGGUGCCUCGAUCUAAUGCUCAGCCCAUCAUGGUUGGUCCCAGCCACGUCCAGGCACAGGCUGCCCUGUCGCCUCGGACAACGCGCCGCAACAUGCUUGCCACUGAAUUGACCGAGUCUCUGCGCCGUCAUCUCCUCUGGGAGCGACAACAAAAGUCGUCGACGGCCAACGCGGUGCUCAAGCGAAGGCACACAUCACACGAUGUGGCCAACCUCAAGCAGUACCCUGAGAAGCCAUGCAUGAAGAAGAGCGAGGACGUGAACGCGAGCAGCUGGAACCAAUACUUUUCCAAGGAAGCCAGCGACGGAUACCACUCCAAGGGGUGGUGA